CAAGUGGGAGCGAUAUUUUUUACACGGCGCCCAUGCACACCACCAACUGCGUUAAGCACUAUUUACACCUAUCCGAUCCGUUUCAGUGCAGUGACGGCACAGUGAAAGUGGCUUCAGUGAAGUCUCCGUGCUUGCCGUGCAAACCUUUCCGUAACGUCUCAGUGACGGUAGAUCAGUGAUCUGUCAUCAGUUUUUUCAAUAUGUCGGGUUUUUCAGACGAAAAUUUAGCCGUAAUCGCUAUUAUUUUGGACGAAGAAGAGAAUGCGAAAAGGAAAAAAAGGACAUGGGUGGACAAAAUUUGGAAAAACCGAUUCACAGAAGGAGAGUAUUGGGCAAUUUUUAAUGAGCUUGAAGAGGACCCAAAACGAUUUCACGAAUACUUCCGGAUGUCGCAGGAUGCGUUCAACUUGCUGCUCGGAAAACUGGAACCAUUUAUAAAAAAGCAAGACACCUUUUUUAGGAUGGCCAUUCCGCCAAGGGAAAGGCUAGCGAUUUGUUUAAGAUAUUUAGCAACGGGAGAUUCGCAGAAAACCAUAUCAUUUAGCUACAGGGUAGGUGCUAGUACCGUCCACCAGAUUGUCCACGAGACAUGCCGAGUGAUUACAGAGAAGAUGUUGGAUGAGGCAAUGCCGAAACCCACGGAAGAGAUGUGGAAGACAAUUGCAAAAGAUUUCUACACGAUGUGGAAUUUCCCACUGUGUCUGGGCGCAUUAGACGGAAAGCAUGUUACGAUUCGGGCUCCAGCAAAGAGUGGUUCUUUAUAUUUUAAUUACAAAAAGAAUUUCUCGAUUGUGCUCCUUGCUCUUGUGGAUGCUCAUGCUAACUUUAUUGCUGUUGACGUUGGAAGCUAUGGAAAAAACAGCGACGGUGGAAUUUUCGCUAAAUCAAAUAUUGGAAAAUGUCUCGAGCAAAACAAAUUUUUCGUGCCAGAAAAUACAUGUUUACCAGGUACAAACCAAUCAGCCCCGUACGUAAUCGUUGGCGAUGAGGCUUUUCCUCUAAAAACAUAUCUUCUGCGACCGUACCCGGGGCAAGACCUCGACGAAAAGAAGCGUGUGUAUAACUACCGUUUGAGUCGCGCUAGAAGAACUUCGGAAAAUUCAUUCGGAAUACUCGCGUCGUGGUGCAGAAUGUAUCAUCGCACAAUACAUGCAAAUCCAGAAAAUGUGGACAAUAUGAUUCUGGCUAGCUGUAUUCUUCACAAUUUUAUAAGAAGAUUUCACGGUGUCACUCCAGCAUACCAAACAUCCAAUUCAACGGAUACAACGGAGUUGGCAACUAGUUUCAAACAUCUUCCAGCUCAAGGAGGAAACGCUAGCAAGAAUGCUUUCCAAACUCGCGAAGUAUUUAAAGAAUACUUCAGUUCAAAUGUUGGGGCUGUACCGUGGCAAUAGCGUAACAUUACAUUAUUAUAGAAAACAGAUAUUUAGGCUAGAAUAAAAUUUGUAUAAAGGCCUGUGUAA